AAAACAGAAAUCGCGAAAUACUUGCUCAAAUUCUUGUACAGGUUUGCUAGUGGACUAAUAUUAUGACACCGCGAGAUACAUCAGAGUACUGAACACAAUAGUCAGAAGAGAUAAUUAUAGGAGGAGUCAAUUGAUGGGGCAAAUGUUCUGUUCAUGCUGCUAACCUCGAACAGCCGCCGAGUCCCAGAAGUGAUUGAUAAUAUUAUUAGUUUAUGUGGAUUGAUCGCUCCAUCUGAACAAGAUUCUGCCCAAUGGGGGAUGUAAAAGCGUUCCUCAGUCAGAUUGAGGCUGCCACCAAUCCCACAGAAGCCGAAGCGAUCGUCAAGAGUGCUAAUCCUGACUUAGUGUUUGCGCUGUACAAGUGCCUGGAACGUGUCGAUUCUCAGGAGGCCAAGCAGUUCUCGGGCUGGCUCGGAAGCUGUCUCACCAAAUACAACCCAACAUCUUCACAUGGCGCGGGACUCUAUGAAUUUGCGCUGCACUUUACGCCGCAGCUUAUAUGGCUUCAUUUAGAUCUGAUUGGGUCUACCAAGCACCGUGAGGUUGCUACCAAUGUGGAGUGCUGCUUAGUAUGUAUCUACAAUGUGGCGGCUGGCGGCACGAGUUCCCGGAAAGAAAUCAGGCUGGCCAAGCUGGAGAAUGCAUCUAUCUAUCAUGAUGCUCAUACACGGCAGCACGUCACUCUGACCAUGUCAGCAUUGCAGACGAGUGCGAAUAUCACGACACUCGGCCGUGAUCCGUCCUGCCCGGAGCGCAUUGACAGAAUUAUCGGCUCCAAUAGGAGUGCAGUGCUACGCUUUAUUCUGUCUCAGUACUGUGAGCAGCUUGGCAGCAGAUGUGCUGUGUCGCUCAUAGCUUUCUGUCACAUGUGCACACGAGUAUGUGUAUCUGGCUUUGACCUGAAGAAGAGUAGUGUACAUGGUGUUAUGUCACCAGGCGCUAUCAUUUCUCCCAAAGUGGAGAAUUGUACGAAGACGGAGUCCCUCCCGAGUGCAGAUAGGUUACAACCCAGCAUAUCAGUGCAGGACGUCUUGAUUGGCCUGAGGCAAGCCGGCCGCGAUGACAGCAAUAAAAAGUUCAUGCUGGAUGAAAAGGCGUUGAGCAAACUGGCGGGCCGUGCACGGCACUGUUUAGCACCAGAAGUCUACCAAGAGCUGGCAACCGGUGUUCACAGCUGCAUGUUCAAUGGUCAGGAACAUUGUGGAAUGCAGGCCCUUCAUGCUCUGAACUGGAGAGCAACAGAAAGCCUUAUUCCUCAAGUGUUGAUGAUGACUCGAGCGCUGCUUCAUGCGUUGAAUGGUCCAUGCGGCACUCCCGAGGAUGGUUUCUAUGGCUUGUCGGCACAGACGUUCAGCACGCUGCCCAAGAUCCUGCAGCACUCAAUCCUGAACAGAACGACUGUUGAUGGCGCUGCGCCUCGCGAUACGCCGCACAUCUCGGUCCAGGAGCCGUCUCCUGGACCCUCACCACGCCAGUCGACGGCCAACAUCAGGUCGCAUUUCGAAUUUGAUGCCAAUUCUGCUGCAGCAGCGGCUAAGGGUGCGGCUGACGCUGAAGUUACAUCAUCAACGUCUAGCACAGACUGUGUCGAGACAUUGGUGUAGUAAUAACACUUAUAACAGCAAGCAUAUUCUGCCCAGCCAUCGUCACCAGUGCAAGAAUAGGGAAUGAACCGCGUGCAGACAAAUCCCAGCAUAAUUAUUCCAGUUCGCGCCACAGCUUGGUGUAUCCUCCCUUUUCAUUUCCCCUUCUAUUUCGACACUCUGUCCUGACUUCUACCGAUUUGCUCUCCUAACCUGUUACAUGCUGCUGGUCGUUAUUCUAUCUCCUUGUACUAUCAUUGUGUACAUAUUCUCGUACUCGUGCCCCAAGUGCCAUGUACAUAUAGCGCUCUCCGUCAUCUUUGACUUGUAUCAUAUCACUAUUUUGCUGUUGAUUUCCAAGGCUGCUGCCCCAUCCCCAAUCCCUGCUCCCUGCUGUACACGAGGGAGUCGUAACAACAAUAAUUAUAGUAUACUUGUGACUCCUCGCAUAUUGGCAACGCUCUUGCUCUUGUAUUGUAGGAUUCCACUGUGCUACAUGCAUGGCAACUGCAAGCCACUGUUUUUUUAACCGCUGAGAUUUCCGCAACAUCCAUAUAGAUACUACUUACUAUCGUCACCGCCAUGAGCGGUGUUUUUUUUUUACGAUUCGAAACGGCCAUUCUCGAAAUGAACGGCUAAGACAUGUUCAUGUGCCACACUGAAUUUACGAAUGGAUUUUGUAUUUCCUGUAACGCUCUUAUGUUAGUCUCUGGAAGAUCAUGAUAAACCAGACUUUAAAAAUAAAAAAGUUCUAAUUGA